AAAGGUAAAUUAUGCUGAUUGGCUUCAGACUAAAUAAACCCAAAGUAUGUACUCUCUGACGUUAGAAGCCGUUGCUUUGAAGUAGUUCAGUAUGGGAUGUUGUAAGGCCCUUGGGAAAGAAUGCAGCAUACAAAAACUUGGAUUGCGAUACCAUGACUCCAGAGCUUUCACUGAUGCUCCGGGCUUACCAAGACCACUGUUUGCCUUUCUCCGCCUAAUCUACGCUGCCCUAGCGAUAGCCGACCUAGUCUGGAUCGGUCUGGAACAUCCGAGCGGAAUCUGGGUCAUUCAUUUGCAGAACUGGAGUCGUGUGGUGACCGCGUUAUACUUCCUGACUGGUUCACUGACCGCGUUCCAUCGCUCGGCGUGCGGAUCCAAAGAAAACGACAGCUACGACAUAAUCCAUCCGGAUUUUCCAGAUCACACUGGAGAUUCCAAUUCUUGCGCUUUAAAACCGGGCGAAAAAGACGACAGCAACGAUCCGGAUACAUAUGAAAAUCACCUCUCAUGGCAUCACAAGGUGCUCUGGGUCCUUCACACCCUCGCUUCCAACAGUACUUUCGUCUGCAUGAUCGCAUACUUCGCAUUUUUCGUUGACGAGCAUGUUACGUAUAUCUGGAUCUUCUACAUACCAAGGCACUCUCUCUAUGUUUUUCUGAUGAUUGUCGACACACUGGCCAGUUACAUUCCCGUUAGGCUGUUGCACGUUGUGUAUGCCUACAUAUUCGGUGCUGCAUACGUUGUGUUCACUGUUGUGUUCAUCUUAACGGAAGUGAGGGUCGAUCUGCGUCUGAAUCCCAUCAUGUAUCCUUCGCUGGAGUCUGGUGACGAGCCACUUAUCUACACAGCAUACCUGUCAAUAUUUCUAAUUGCUGGCUUUCCUGUGGCUCAAAUAAUCUACUUUCUCAUUCAUAAAUUCCGCACUUGGUAUAUUUCAAGAUGAAUAAUUAAUUGUACAAGUAAGAACGCUGAAAAUUCAUGAGAAAGAUUUCCUUGUUUAAGCUCUUUUAAGUUAAGCAAAUAUUUCAACUCAGGAAAGCAAGUUGGCCUAUUUCUUUAGAAAAUCAAAAGCAAUUUGGAAUAUAUCAAACUUCAGCAUUUUGAAAGAUAAACUAGUUAAUUAUAUCUCUUAUCACACUUGACUGUGGACUGUGAUGCUUUUUAUAACAGAUGGUACACUCUCAGUUACCAAGACAAUGUGCUUGAUAGACAGUUACCAAGACAAUGUGCUUGAUAGACAGUUACCAAGACAAUGUGCUUGAUAGACAGACCUGGUAACAGAUAUAAAAAAAAACUUAACAUUAAAAAGAUUGUCAUUCGACCCUUUA